AUGCGUGUGUGCUGCAGUCACCUGGUCUUGGCUGCCAUCUUGUGGGCGAUGCCGUGCACCAGAGCAGCUGUGGCUCUGACCAACACCACAGAGCUCUCUCCCCUCACUGUGGCUCAUUUUGGGAUUGAACUGAGCUGGAGAAACAGGAGCAGCAGCGAUGUGCCUCACAGCCGGAGGAAGCGCUACAUUUCCUCCAAGGAUAUGAUGGCUUUGCUGGAAUACCACAACCGUGUGCGAUCUCAGGUCUUCCCACCUGCAGCAAACAUGGAGUAUAUGGUGUGGGAUGAGAGGCUUGCUAAAUCAGCAGAGUCCUGGGCCUCACAGUGCAUAUGGGAUCACGGGCCACCACAUGUCAUGAGGUACACAGGCCAGAACCUGUCCAUCACCACUGGAAGGUAUAGAUCAGUCAUUGAGCUGGUGAAAUCAUGGCAUGAUGAGAAGUAUUCAUUCUCCUACCCCAACAGAUGCACUGGCUCUGUUUGCACCCACUACACACAGAUGGUGUGGGCCAGCACCAGUAGGAUUGGGUGUGCCAUCAACAGGUGUUCAAAUAUGUAUGUCUUUGGUGCUACAUGGAAACAGGCCACCUUACUGGUCUGCAACUACUCCAUCAAAGGUAACUGGGUGGGAGAAGCUCCAUACAAGACAGGAAAGCCUUGUUCAGCUUGUCCUUCUAUUUAUCGUGGAUCAUGUAACAAGAAUCAGUGCUCCACAUCAAAACCCAGAAAAAAGCUCAAGAGGUUUUAGUCACACUGAUUGAAGUGAAUGAUUUGUGACUGACAAAAGAACUUGGAAGCACAUUUUUUGUGUCGCACCACUAUUAAAUCAGUUGAUUUCUUUUGUAAAAUAUUGCAUUUUUACACGUUUUAUACUGCAGUUGAACUAACAAAUCGUCACACACAGACCCGCUGAUUUAACUGUUGUAGUCAUCCCAAGAGUCAGUCCUGUGACUCUGUUGUUGUCUCUUGUCCUGUCCCUGGACUGUUUGCACUGUUUUGUAUGUUUGCAUUACUGUAAGAGUGGCAUUGCCGUUAGGUUCACGUUGAGAGUUAAGCACUUUUAUGGUUUGUGUACACCCAAUAAAUUUUCUAACCUUA